AUGUCUCAUGGCUAUGCUCACGAUCUUGAGAGACUCCGACGGCGCGAGUAUCCAACACUGAAAGAUGUCACUUACUUGGAUCAUGCGGGAACUACGCCAUAUGCCAAGUCCUUGGUCCAACGCUUCUCUCGUGAUAUGGUCCAUAACCUCUAUGGGAAUCCCCAUUCAGCUUCACCCUCCUCUGACCUAUCCACUCAGCGGGUUGCCGCGGUCCGAGAUCGCAUUCUUCGAUUCUUCCAUGCUGAUCCCGAACAUUUCGAUCUUGUGUUCGUUGCCAAUGCAUCUGCUGCCAUCAAAAUGGUGGUUGAAUCAUUCGCAGAGAUCGAAACUCCUGGUUUCUGGUAUGGCUACCACAAGGACGCACAUACUAGCCUGGUCGGAAUUCGGCAACUGGCAUUUUCAUCAAGGUGCUUUGAAUCAGACAGAGAAGUCGAUAUGUGGCUCAAGAACAUUGGCAAGGGAGAGUCUUUCGAGGCGUGGUCAGACGUGAGCGUAGGCCUCUUCGCCUACCCUGCGCAAUCCAAUAUGAAUGGUCAUCGGCUGCCAUUGCGCUGGGCAGAAGAAGUGCGUCAGAAAUGCCUUACCUCAACAAGCCAGAGGAUUUAUACACUUCUUGAUGCUGCAGCAUAUGUGAUGACUGCUCAGCUCGACCUCAGCAACGAGAAGGCAGCUCCGGACUUCACAGCGCUGAGCUUCUACAAGAUAUUCGGGUUUCCGGAUCUGGGAGCCUUGAUUGUGCGCAAAGCGGCAGGCAGCAUGCUUCGCCGUCGACGCUAUUUCGGAGGCGGAACUGUGGACAUGGUGACUGUUAUGAAGAAUCCGUGGCAUGCAAAAAAGGAUCAGACCUUGCACGAGGCCUUGGAGGAUGGCACAUUGCCGUUUCAUCAAAUCGUGGCUCUUGGUUACGCUCUAGACGUACAUGCUGAGACGUUUGGGUCAAUGAUCAAUGUCUCAGAGCAUACUUGUGCGUUGGCCGCUUACACACACUCCCACCUGCAAGCUCUUCGUCAUGCAAAUGGUCGGCCAGUAUGCACAAUUUACAGAGAUGAGGCAUCUCGGUAUGGCGAUUCAAAGUCUCAAGGUCCCACAAUAGCUUUCAACAUUCAGAAUUCUCAAGGCGGCUGGGUUGGGAAGUCCGACGUGGAGCGCCUCGCAAUUGUUCGUGGGAUUCAUCUUCGGACUGGCGGAGUCUGCAACCCUGGUGGGAUUGCAACGUUCUGCAAUCUAGCUCAUUGGGAGUUACGUCGCAACUUCUCGGAAGGUAUGCGUUGUGGGGAUGACCUCGAUAUCAUUGGGGGAAAGCCAACCGGGAUCGUCCGAAUCAGUUUCGGUGCCAUGAGCAAUCAGCGCGAUGCUGAUAACUUAUUGCGGUUCGUGGACCAGCUGUUUGUCGAAAAGCAAAUCAGCGUUCUGCGAGCACAAGCUUCGGUAGCUCCAGCUGAGUGCAAUGUCAAAAGUCUGACAAUCUUUCCAAUCAUUGGCUGCGCCGGCUGGGAUGUGCCACCAAAUGUCAGUUGGGCUGUUGGGGGGCGUGGCCUUGCAUGGGAUCGGGAAUGGUGCGUUGUGCCUCAAUGCAGCGACACUCCUCUCGACUCGGUCCAGCACGCACGACUGAUGCUCAUCAAACCGGAAUUGGAUAUUGAACAUGGUAUCCUGAGCCUUACUGGUCCUGUUUCUUCGAACGAUGCAGAUAAGCCCUCACAUCUGAAAAUUUCACUAUGGGAGAGCCCAGGGGAGCAAGACCACAUGGAAUCGGAGCACAGGAUCAAAGACUCAUAUCAAAGUGAAGUCAUCAAAGCUUUUUUCACCAGUGCUCUUGGUUUCCCAAGCACGUUGGCUCGCUUCCGAGACCAUCGACGCGUUUCAAAGGCGAGGCGCUUGCCAACUCCCUCUCUUUCUUCCCUUGAAGAACAUUCGUUCAGUGUGUCUCUUCCGUCCCACGCUUCCAGCACAAAUCUCAGUAUCCCCUACCACCCUGGUUGGACGAACCAUCGAUACGUCAAAAUUAAUCAGUUUAUCUUCGAGAAAGUCGUAUCUCAUAGAAAUGUUUGGAGUUUUAGGCAUCUACAUGAUGCUCAAGACAAAUCUGCCGCUGCACAGAAUCCGUGCAUCAAGGUAGACGACGAGGUCCGAUCCUACGCUGUACUCUCAGACCACUAUAGUAUGGAAAAAGGUGUAUCUGUCACCUGUGUUGACGCUGAUCAAUUUGUUUGCGUCGUGUGGAAUUGUCAAAAGGCAUUCAUGUCGGAUGUGGAGUUGGCAGAUCAUCUAUACUGCCACAAAUCAAAACCAGAAACUAGCUCUUGUGUGAAAGAGGUUAUUGAAUGGGGUCUGGGAAGAAUGUGCUUGCCGCGGGGAACAAAGCAUCAGAAGGUCUUUGUUGAUACAAAGGCUUGA